UGCGAGGGGCGGAGCGGGGCUGGGUUGGGCGGCUGGGCCGGCCUGGGCGAAGAGAGUCCCGCCGCAGCCUGAGCUGCUCUUUUCCUGCGAGCGGCAUGGAGUGAGAGCGAGCGAGCGAGGGCCGGAGGUGGCCAGCGGGACGCAGCAGAAGGGGGACGCCGAGGCGAGCGCGAGAUGGCUGGGGAGAUGGCGCGGGGGCUCCGGCUCCUCCUGCUUCUCGCUGUUGGGACUCAAGCUAAGAUAUCCUUCACGAAGGAGCCGUACUCCCAGGAUGCUUUUCAUGGCCGCAGCGCCAUUUUGCGCUGCGAAGUGGAGGACCCAAGAGACACAGAGUUUGAGUGGCUGCAGAAUGGCGUCCCCGUCCAGGACACCGAGCGCCGCUUCAAGGAAGGGAGCAGCCUUCAGUUCACAUCUGUCGACCGGCAUCAAGAUGGCGGGAACUUCCAGUGUGUGGCCAGGAACGUAGUGACUGGAGAAGAAGCUCGGACCACAAAUGCAUCUUUUAACAUAAAGUGGAUCGAAACAGGGGGAGUUGUUCUGAAGAACCCGGCCAGAGUGGAAGAUAUACAGAGUUCUGCUCCAGUAACGUUGCGAUGCCAUAUCGAUGGGCACCCUCGCCCGACGAGCCAGUGGUUCCGGGAUGGGACCCAGAUUGAAGACGACCGAACUAACUAUUCUGUCAGCAACAAGGAACGGACGUUGACCCUCAAGAGCGCCAGUCCAGAUGACAACGGGGUCUAUUUCUGCUGUGCUCGGAACGCCAUGGCCUCGGUGUGCAGCAGCAACAACUUCACUCUCAACAUCAUAGAUGAAAGCUUUCCCCGCCCCGUGAUUGUUCCUGAGAACCAGAUUGUCAAUAGGAAUGAGGAGGCCAUGUUCCACUGCAAGUUCCAAGCUGUGCCACCUCCCACCCAGGAAUGGCUAUUCGAAGACGACACCCCUGUUUCCAAUAAGUCCAGGACGGUGCUGUUCUCCAACGGCUCUUUGCUGAUACCUCAGGUGAAACCACGCAGUGCAGGAGUCUAUAAAUGUGUUGGUCGCGGACAGAGGGGGAAGGCUGUUGUUUUGGAAGCAACGCUGCAGCUGGCAGAAAUUGAAGAUUUCACCUACCUGUUUGGCCCAAAGACGUUCAUCGCCAACAAAGAGCAGCGGGUGUCCUGCAUAGCGCCUCGGGGAGUCCCAGAACCCCGUAUCUGGUGGGAGAGAAACGGCGCCCCGCUCCCUGCGACUGGCAGGGUGCGCCAAGAAGCCGAGGACCUCGUCUUCACUAGCGUUGUAGAAAAGGACUCUGGAGUGUACACCUGUCAUGCGGUGAACAAGGCUGGAGAGAAGAAGCAGAACCUGACCAUCACAGUAGCUACUAUGCCAAAAUGGGUGGAGAAGCCCAAGGACAGCCAGCUAGAAGAGGGCAAGCCAGGAUACCUCCACUGUCUCAGCAAAGCGUCUCUGAAGCCCACAGUCAGCUGGUUUCGCAAUGCCAUCCCCAUUUCAGAGGAUUCCCGCUUUGAAAUUGCCGAGAAUGGGACGCUGCGGAUUAACAACGUGGAAGUGUACGACGGGACAGUGUUCAAGUGUGUGAGCAGCACACCAGCCGGGAGCAUUGAGGAGCAGGCUCGGGUGCACGUCCUGGAGAAGCUGAAGUUCACCCCUACCCCUCAGCCUCAGCAGUGUGUCGAGUUUGAUAAAGAGGUCACCGUCUCUUGCUCAGCCACAGGCCGGGAAAAGCCUGCAAUCCAGUGGAUUAAAAGCGACGGGAGCAGCCUGCCAGCCCGGGUCAGUCAGAAUGCUGGAAACAUGAGCUUUCGUAAAGUGACGAGGAGCGACGCCGGAAAAUAUACUUGCAUUGCUUCCAACGGCCCUCAGGGAGAGAUCAGAGCGACCGUCCAGCUCACAGUGGCAGUUUUCAUAAGCUUUAAGCUGAAGCCAGAAGACACAACCGUCUACCCGGGACACACAGCCAUGUUCCAGUGCCAAGCGGAAGGCGACCCGGCGCCACAAAUCCAGUGGAAAGGGAAGGACAGGAUUCUGGAAGUCGACAAAUUCGGGCCCAGGGUCCAAAUUAUGUCUAACAACUCUCUGGUAAUCUAUGACGUCACCAGUGAGGAUUCCGGCAAGUACACGUGCAUCGCCGGAAACAGCUGCAACAUCAAGCACCACGAAGCUUUCCUGCACGUCGUGGACAAACCGGUGACAGAAAGGGAGGGUGCACCAAGCAGCCACACUCCCUACAAGAUGAUCCAGACCAUCGGGCUGUCCGUUGGAGCUGCGGUGGCAUACAUCAUCAUUGUCCUGGGCCUCAUGUUUUACUGCAAGAAGAGGAGGAAGGCGAACAGGCUGAAGAAGCAGCCGGAGGGGGAGGAGCCAGAGAUGGAGUGCUUGAACGGGGGCACUCUGCUGCAGAAUGGCCAGACCACCGCUGAGAUUCAGGAAGAAGUGGCCCUGACCAAUCUUGGCAGCGGCUCUGCGGUCAGCAAGAGGCACAGCGCCAGCGACAAGAUGCACUUUCCCCGCACUAACUUGCAGACAAUCACUACCUUAGGGAAGGGCGAGUUCGGAGAGGUCUUCCUGGCCAAGGCAAAAGGCAUUGAGGACAACGAAACCGAAGUGCUUGUUUUGGUCAAGAGCCUUCAAACGAGGGAUGAGCAGCUGCAGCUGGACUUCAGGCGAGAGUUUGAGAUGUUUGGCAAGCUGAACCACAGCAAUGUGGUGCGGUUGCUGGGCCUUUGCCGGGAAGCUGAGCCUCACUAUAUGGUUCUGGAAUAUGUGGAUCUGGGAGAUCUGAAGCAGUUCCUCCGGAUUUCCAGGACUAAAGAUGAGAAGCUCAAGCCGCAGCCCAUCAGCACCAAGCAGAAGGUGUCCUUCUGCUGCCAGGUGGCCCUGGGGAUGGAGCACAUGUCCAACAGCAGAUUCGUGCACAAAGACCUGGCAGCUCGGAACUGCCUUGUCAGCGCACAAAGGCAGGUGAAGGUGUCCAGCCUGAGCCUCAGCAAGGAUGUUUACAGCAGCGAGUACUAUCACUACCACCAAGCCAGGAUUCCUCUCCGCUGGAUGCCCCCUGAAGCCGUCUUGGAGGACGAGUUCUCCACCAAGUCUGACGUCUGGUCCUUUGGGGUCGUCAUGUGGGAAAUAUUCACCCUGGGGGAUAUGCCCCAUUCCAAGCUGGCGGAUGAAGAGGUGCUGUCAGGUUUACAGUCUGGGAAGAUGAAGCUUCCCCACCCAGAGGGCUGCCCCUCUAAGCUCUACAAGGUGAUGCAGCGCUGCUGGGCUCCCAGCCCGAAGGACCGCCCGUCUUUCAGCGAGAUCGCCAACAUGCUGGGAGAGAGCCCAUCCGAAAGCAAGGCCUGAGCAGGGAGGUGCUGCCCGCCCUCCUCUAGCCGGGGUUGGGACACAGCGGCAGCCUGGCUUUUGGCAUUUUGACUGUUACAGACUCCUCAAACCGGGACCUAAGAGUUGAAACCCAAAGGGACCACGGGAUUUUUACACGCAGCCCCCACGUGGAGGGUCACAGACACAGCGGUCCCGAAGACCUCGAGGCCUCUUUUUUCCUACAAGGCCCACCCACCCCUGUUCCCUUGCGCUCUACCAGACUGCGCUCCUCCGGGUUCUACCUCCGAUAAUCCGCAGGGCUAGUUGGAAACAGCGACGUCCCAGAGAUGAAGGGGAAUCUGGGAGCUACCGCGGGCCAGUCACAAAAAGAGAGUCUCUGUGGUGAUUCCUCUGUCUCGGGACAUCUAUCCUUUUCUCCCUCCCCUUGAACAAAACCCCUUUGGGGAAUCCUUUUAGCGAAAAGCACAGCCAGGUUCCUUCCAGGAGCUAGAAAGUGUCUUAACAUUGGGGGGGGGGUAGCGUGCAGCAUGCUGGGGGCUUUUUCUGUGCUGCUAUGCAGCCCACCAGGGGUUUUUUUGUGGGGGAGCACUGGGAAGAAGUCUAAAGUAAGCCCUGAGCAACGCCCAGGGGGAGGCUGUCGGCUUUUGUAUUUACAGCAAAACCGUGUCCCAGCGCCUGCCCAGGUCCACCUUCUGGGUUUGGCAUUUCUUGCUGCCUUGAUUUAUAUUUCUCAGUGCAAUGGCUUCAGCAGCAGGAACUCCCAACCCUGUGCACCGGUCAUUUUCGAACACCUCCUUCCCCAACCUUCUGCCAUAUCAGUUGAGCUGACCUAGGAGGCUUUGGAAGGCAACCAACCCCAGCUCCACUCCCUGGGCUGUACGCCUUAUCUGAACAGGGUCUAGCAGCCUUUUUGUGUGGCCAUAUUAUCCCCGCCAUUUUCUUGGGAGGUUGCCCCCUUCCCCCUUGCACAGAAUCUGGUGUCCCACCCACACUGGAAAGGAGGACCCCCCCUUCCUUGCCCGUCACACGCAGUCCUUUUCUUUCAUCCGGCGAGGAACCUGUAUAUUUAUUAAGCAGUCCUUCCACCUCUCUUCUCCUCGUGUCGUCCAUCUUGUCAGGCCUUCUGGCACCUCCCUGCGUAUCCAAAAAAACAGAGCAAAGAACACUUAAGUGCCUGGCAUAUGAAGGAGAUUUUUCACUAGCUUUCCUGACUAUCCAAUGCCGCCUUUUUAUAUGAUUAUUUGGGGCAAUGUUUGUUUUCCUUUCUUUCUUACGUUUUUUUUUUUUAAAGUUGACACCUCUCAGCCUUAGUAAUUUUUUUAUAUAUAUUAUUACUGGAAUUGCAGCCUAGAGUCAUUUUUUUUUUUUUAGUUUCAGUUUGCUUAAGCAGAGGGGUAGAACAGCCAACAGGUGUUCUUUUUUAAAAACAAAUAAUAUGCUGCUCUCAAUAAAGAGUCCCUCACUUUUUAAAAAAACCCAAAA